UACAGGAACUUAUGGUUUGGGGCAAAGCAUAAGCUUCAGUGUAGCAGAACUUAUGCAAGCAGUUCUAAUAUGGAUAUGCUUGCAGUGGAUGAGUAUGACAACAACAGCAGCAAUGAAGAAUCAUCAACUAGUAGCAUCAACAUUGCUCCUCCAGGGUAUGUUGAAGAUAUAUAUCAAGUGUUGUGCUCUGCACUCAUUGAUGAGGAAACAUUGAGAAAAGCCAAAGGUGAUCUUUUACAAAUGACUCCAUUGCCAAUGAAUUCCAUGUUGGAAAAGCAAUCAAAAAGUGAAGCUAUCUCAAAAAAAGCAAUAAGACAAAGCAUGCCAGCUGUACAUUUCCCCCCAACUAAGCCAGCUGAAGUAUCACCUGUCCAAGAAAUAAUCACUAAUCAGAGAAAUGAGAGAGCAGUACCUCGAUGCACUGUGUGCAAGAAUUGGAUGAAAGGCCAUAAGAAUAUAAUGAACUGUCCAAAAAACCGAAAGUAACCAGUUUUUUAGGACCUGGUGGUAUGAGCCCAGUUAGUUGGGAUUCAGUGAAGUGUGAAUUGACUGCAUGGAAAGAAUAAAGAGAAAGGAAUUGUAAUUUUGUAUGUUUUGUAUAACAAGUAUAAGUGUGAAUCGAAGAUGCAAUAUAUCAAGAGUGGCUUAAAUCAUUUCACACUUCACUGAAUCCCUACUAGCUGGGCUCAUGCAAACAGCACCUAAAAUAAUAUAGAAUGUAAUGCUAUUUUACAAAUUGUCCUCUUCAUACCCUGCAAAGUGUUUAUUUAUUUUUAAAUUAAAAGUUUUUCGAAUAACAUAUUAA